AUGGAUUCUGUCCUUCAAGAAUGGUAUCGCUCCGCUGGUUUCACGGAUGUUCAGCAGCAAGCAAUCGCUGAAGCCCUGCAGCGCUUCCACACAGCAAAUGGCCCGACCACGAAAGGCAUCAUCGACAGAAUUGAGGUCGCAAUCACACAGACUUUCAUUGCCAACGACGCAAUGGUUCAACGAUGGCCCUCGGAUAUCCUGAAACUCAUGAACCAAUUCCCGCGAUCUGCGGCCCCGCUUGCCAUAGAGUUUGGGACAUGGGCACGAUCGUGGGAUCAGGAGGGGCGGAAGCAGGCCAUCUCUAUAUGGAUAUCAUUGCUGGCGGUUCUGGUCUUUAAUUGGAAGUCGUAUGGUGCAGACGGUGCCCUAGAGUCUAUGGGACUGAACCUAUCUUGGACUCUCAAGGAUGACAUCGACGCCAUUCGGUACUAUGCCUUGUCAGGACAGUCACUCAAGGUUCUCGGUAAGAUGGCCAAUAAAUUCUUUACUGAAGUGCUACACGACCAACCCCGCUUGGCGACAAUCUUACAAAACAUGUUCUCAUUCUCUCGGAAGCUGGGAGCCAUUGAUCAUUAUGCUCGUGUAUUGGUCUUGGAAGAUGCUUUCUAUCACUGGAUUGAAACGCCAGGCAACAUAAGUCCAGCCGAGAAAAAAAAGCUACAAGACUCUCUGAAUGAAGUGUCUAUUAGUUGGAUUGAUCAAGAUGCCGAGCGCCCUCCAGUCGACCCUCUCGCCAUGGUCCGGAGCCACCACCAAAUGGCCUCGCCAGAAUGGAGGGCCUAUACAGAAUAUAUUGAACCAAUCAUUGCAGAAUGGUUGACGGGCCAAAGUACAGGUCCCAUGUCUACGGUCAUACUGUUCCUUUACGGAAAGCUAAAUACCCCUUCGUAUAGAAAGGUGUACAAAGUCAAGAUGCAGAUUGAAGAAGAUUUUUCUGUCGAUCCCAUAAUGGCGGCUCGUCACCCAACUGCAGUGGACACGAAGGCCACAAUCGAGCAAGCGAACAAGGAGGCUCGGAGGUGCAUCCGUGAGGAGCUGGGACCGAAGAAGGCGGCCCUCGAAUGGGAUGAGUGUAUGACACAAGCGACAUGA